AACGUACAUUAUUGGUCGGCCAUGUUUAUACGUCGUCUAGUAAACGUCAAUCAUUCAUUUAUUUUUCAUUUUCUAAAGAAAUAACAUUAAAUAAUAUUUUACUGUCUAUAAUCAAUUCGUUAUAAGUUUGUAAUCUUAAUAAAUGUCAAUAUGAAUCGAACCGAAGGCUUAGUACAACGAAGAAACGUUAUAAAGGACAGCAAUUCUGACGGAACUCUAAAGGAAAACCACGACGACGAUAAGAAAAACGAUAAAAGUUAUGAUGACGGGGACUCAAAAGAAACAAGAUUGACCCUAAUGGAAGAAGUAUUACUUUUAGGACUAAAAGACAAGGAGGGUUACACUUCGUUUUGGAACGACUGCAUAUCCAGUGGUUUAAGAGGAUGUAUUUUAAUUGAAUUGGGUUUACGUGGUCGUGUAGAAUUAGAAAGGGCAGGUAUGAGGAGAAAAGGAUUACUAUCUAGAAAAGUUAUUGUUAAGUCAGAUACACCUACUGGUGAUGUGCUUUUAGAUGAGGCCUUGAAGCAUAUGAAAGAUACUGACCCUCCAGAGACUGUUCAAAGUUGGAUAGAAUAUUUAAGUGGUGAAACUUGGAAUCCUAUGAAACUCAAAUAUCAAUUGAAAAAUGUUCGAGAAAGGCUGGCAAAGAAUCUUGUUGAAAAAGGUGUUCUAACCACAGAGAAACAGAAUUUUCUUUUAUUUGAUAUGACUACACAUCCUCUUACUGAUAAUGUGGUGAAAUGUCGUCUAGUUAAAAAGGUUCAGGAAGCAGCUUUACGCCGUUCUAUAACCGACGUAGCUCACGCUGAUAAGCGCUCACUAGCACUGUUGAUGCUAGCUCACUCAGCGGACGUCCUCGAGAACGCAUUCGCGCCAUUAUCUGACGAGGACUACGAGUUAGCGACGCGACGUGUGCGUUCUCUCCUCGAUUUAGAUUUUGAAGCUGAAGCGAUGAGGCCCGACGCCUGCGAAAUCAUGUGGGCCGUAUUUGCCGCAUUCACUAAAUAGCGGUAACGUGCACUAAAUACACUUAUCUGGAAUUCACAAAACUAAAUCAGAUGUUAUUAUAGUCUGAUCUCUCAAUCACUAGAUAGGCAACCCAAUAGCCCAAUAAAAUUCAGUUAUUUAACUGGGGGUCACUACGGCGGUGACAACAUAAAACAAUGAAUAGGUCAAAAUAAAUAGUUUUUCUCAUUGUCGUCGUUGGUAAAAAUAUUUUUUUACAAACAUGUUUGCCACUAGAUUUGCUAAGAAUUAUAUCUUAUUUAAUCAGUAUUACAUUUGUUUUUGUAUUCACAUUUCUUUGUAAUGUGGUGUUGUCAUCAAGGUGAGUAUGUUUUUAAAUAAAAUUAUUUGUAAUUUUCAGAACAAAUUUUUGUUGAUACUAAAAUUUGUUAUAUCGGUAAUACUUCGCCUUUCAUGUUACAUUUUGAAUUUUAGUUUAAAUGGCUAUAGUGCGAUUUCUAAAUGAUUAUAUAUUUUUUUUAUUAAUGGCACAAAGUGUUUGUAUAUUUUAAAUUUUCUCGUUAGUACUAUAUUCGUCUGGUAUUAUUGUAAGAUUAUGUCAUAGUAUGCUGCCUAGACCAGAUUUUAUUCAACAUUUUUAUAAAAUUUACUUAUGGUUUAAUUAUAUAUUAUUGCAGAAUAAACUUACGAAAUUUAAUACUGAAUAAGUUGAUUUUAUCUUUGGUGAAAUUAUGUAUAUGAUGGUUAUAUUCUUUCGAUUAAAAUAUGCUCUUGCAAGCGAAAUUGUAAAUUUUUAUUAUAAUGGUAUGUACCUAUGUGUUAAAUUAAGUUUUAAAUUAAUUUAGAUAUAAUAUAAUUUUUAUUGAUUAUGGAAAUAAAAUUAUCUGUGUAGACCUAAACUAAGAUAGUUUAAUUAAUUUUAUUUAUAAUAAUUAAAUUUUCAUGUAUUCAUUCGGGUUCGUACAAUGUUGCAAUAUGCAAAAUUCAGUGAUUUAAGGUUUCAGUGCAUUCCAAAUUUAAUCAUAAAUAUUGAAUACAUACCAUCUCUACAGGCGAAAAACAAUGUGGAUGAAUGUUACAAGUUCAGACAAACACAUUGAAAAAGGAAAAUUUAAAGGUUUUUCAAGCGUAAAAUUAGUUGGAUUACUGUGAAAUCCAUGCUAGGAGUCAUGUGUUGCCAUACCUAUAUGAUGUGAUAACAUUGCCUUUGAAAUCGAAACAAACAUUUCACAGUAAAAAAAUUCAAGAUAGAAGUGUCCAGAUGAGUACAUAAGACAAGUAAGACCUUGGUUGGUUUCCAGGUAGCUAAUACUCCCCAAUUAGUCUAUAUUUGACAGAUGGAUACAUAAACUGGUACAUAAUAAUCUGAAGUUCAACUUUUAAUUGGAUGCACAGUACAGUGAUAGAUUGGAAUGUCAUUUUGAAAUAUUAUUCUUGUCUCACUUUUCUAAUAGUUAUAUAUGAUUAUUACCUACGUUUAUGUAAUCGUUUAUUUAUGACGUUCAAUUAUGUGAUUAUUUCACUCUGAUAUUAAUCUGAACGGAGAAUAUACAUGGUUAUUCGGAAUGCUUUAUAUUUCUUAUAAUAGUAUAUAAAUGCUUCUUCUACAUUGAAUAAUAAUAAUAGGUGGUUCAAAAAGGCUAAUUGAAUAAGUGUAUCAAUGCUAAUUUCUUGCUCUUUUAAUUUCUUUUUAACUACACUCUGUUAGUUUAGAAACACUUAUUAUUAAUUGUAAAACAAAAAACGUAUUGACUGUAGAGAACAUUUUGAUACAUUUUUUGUGGUCGAAUGCUAUGUAAAUAAAUAGAAAAGAAAAAAAAACUAUUUACAUACAUCAUAUAAUCACAGUUGUUUUUUUUUUAAACAAGUUUGAACUGAUUCAGUGAGUUUGAUAAUUUUUCACAUGACUAUUUUUAAGCUCUUAAAGCAACAACACUGUAUAUAUAAUGUAUAAUUUAUUUCUGUGUUGAAUUAAAAGAGAAUAAUGCAAUAUGAAUAAUGCAAAAACAGCACUUGAAAAUAUUGAUUGUACAUUAUAAUAUACGUGGUUAUUUCCACUUAUCUUUAAUAGAUACUUGUUGAGGGCAGCUGUAUAUGAUCAUUAACAUCAUAACCAAUAAGUGUCUUGAUGCUGGGCAGUAGUGUUGAACAAUAGGUCUUUACUAGACAAAAUAGUCUGGUAUAGGGUUUUUAGUUUUAUUCUUCCACUGGUCUAUUGGUAGAUUCUUUGUUCCCUUGUGAAUUUGUAUUCUUACUUACAUACUUUGAUAUCUCGCUUAUUCCUGGUUAAAUAUAAGCAAUGGGGGUUUGAAAUAAACAAUUUGAGGCAUGGUUGUCACAUGUACCUAUAUAGAUGUUCCUACAUUAAGAAUUGCCUUUUUGCCGUUAUAGUUAUUAUUUGACUGAUUUCAUGCAUGCAUUGAUGAUUUUCAGUUCAGCUAAAUUAAAAAUUUUGCAUUUGGUAUAAAAAUUAUUUUAUACACAUCUGAAAGAUUUCAGGCGAGUCACAGAUUGCGUGUAAACAAUGUAAAAUAAACGAUGUAAACAAUAGGUGUGUAUGCAACUUUCUGGAAUUUACGGCAAUAGAAAACACAUCAAGGGCAGUAAAUUAAUUUUAAAAUAAAAG